AUGGCUGCCAUGAUGAUGCGCCCAGACAGGGCAAUCCUAAAGCGCCAGGAGCAGGAGUUUCAUUACGAGACGCGAGUCGCCAACCAGUUGGACCAGUUCAAGGUGGAGCAGAAAGGCCACUGGGAGAACCGCAUGAUGAGCGUGAUCCGCGGCAACCGGGUCAAGGGCAAGGUCGCUGCCCUGCAGGCACAGCAGCAGGCACAGCUACAGGAGCGACGGCUCCGCUUGGCCAACAAGCUGUCCGAUGAGAUGAAGGCAUGGCAGCGGGAGAUGGUCGAGCGCGAGGAGACGCCGGCGCAGCGCAUGGAGCGGAUGUCU